AGAUCUUCAUAACAAAACAUCUGUCCAUAAAGGAUUUUGGAUUUAUCUAGAAACAUGAAACACUCAAUAUUACUUCAUUUGCUGCUCUUCUUGCAAACACACUCUGCUUCCACCUACCAAAAUGUGGCUCUUCGUGGGAAAGCAACUCAGUCAGACCGCUACAGUGUGGUCUUUUUUGGUGCUGCCUACAAUGCUAUUGAUGGAAACCGAGAUUCUGACUUUGGCCAUGGAUCAUGUACCCACACUAAAGCCCAACUCAACCCCUGGUGGAGAGUGGAUCUACUCGACUGUUAUAUAAUAAACCACAUCACCAUUACCAACAGAGGAGACUGUUGUGCAGAGCGGAUCAAUGGAGCAGAGAUUCACAUUGGUAACUCUUUAGAAGACAAUGGCACUGCAAACACUCUGGUUGCAACAAUUUCUUCAGUCCCUGGCACUCAUACUAUAGAGUUUUCUCAGCAUGUGGAGGGACGUUAUGUGGUUGUUUUAAUACCAGGUUCACAAAGGAUUCUUACACUCUGCGAAGUGGAGGUCUAUGGUUACCCUGCCCCAACUGAAGAUAAUGUGGCAGUUUAUGGAAAAGCUUCACAGUCAACAGUUUAUCCCGGAGCUAUUGCUUAUUACGCUAUAGAUGGGAAUCGUGCCAGCCUCUGGGACCAAGGUUCUUGCAGCGCCACAAACAAUGACUUCAACCCCUGGUGGAGACUGGAUCUGGGCAGAACCCAUAAAGUGUUCUAUAUUAACAUAACCAACAGGGUAGAACAUCCAGAACGGAUAAAGGGUGCUGAAAUUCGUAUUGGAGAUUUACUUGAUAACAAUGGAAACAACAAUCCCAGGUGUGCUGUGAUCUCAAGCAUUGGUCCAGGUUUUACUGAAACCUUUCAGUGCAAUGGGAUGGAUGGUCGAUACAUCAACGUUGUAAUACCUGGAAGAAAAGAGUAUCUGACUCUGUGUGAGCUGGAGGUGUAUGCCUCCAAAUUAGACAAGGAGGCUGUCAAGCUGAAGAAGGAGUCCUAUUGGUCCUUGUCGGCUGUUGGGACUCUGGAGGCUGCUGAGGAAUACUGGAGGGCCAAGUGGUCCACAGCCUUGGCUGUUGCUGAGGCAAAAGCUCAGAUGUGGGAGAGUUUGGUGAGGUCUUGGACAAAGACUCUCGGUUGGCUCCGAGGAGAUUCAGGCAAACCAUCAGGCAGCUGA